AUAUGACGUCACAUCGACGUCAGUGCGGGCAUUUUAAAGGGCAGCUGAGGCCUCUGAGACGCUUCAUAUUUCACCCACGCGGGUUGUUUAUAUUAGCGGUUACUGCGCUAAUCGUGGAACCAACGAUCCAUGGCUACCGGUGACAUAAGGAACAACCUCAAAAUACUCAGCGCUGAAAUCAGGAGUGUCAAAACGCCGCCAAACAUCGUUAAUCUCGAUGGAAUGCUUACUGGAGGUGUGGACACCUACCUUCCGAUAUACGACUACGUUUUCCAAUGGUACAGCUCGAAAAUUGCGUCGGAGAUUUUACAGAAAGACCUAAAGUUGCCCCCAUAUGACCACGACAAGGCAAAGUUUAUAGAAACAAUGUACAGAAUUCUGAGGGAGCUUUUCCAGUGGAGGCCACCGUUAAGCAGCACACAGUUUUUAAGCACAGGCUUUGCAGAGAAGAAAAUAAUAAUGUGUGCAGACAUCAUCAAAUUAGUUAAGGAAUACAAUGCAGCUCUCCAAAAGGGAUCUGGUCAUGCUUGCUCUGCCAAGCCCAAGGUGGCAAGACCAUCGCCAAAGCCGGCACAGACCCGUCCUCCACACGUACGGCAGGUUUCGGAGAACAGUCGGGACAAAACUUCAACUUCGGCUGUUGCCCCGUCUUCCAAAGCUGCUCUCAGUGGAAAGAUUGAUGCUCUGCUGCUUCACCUGACAGAGGUUCAGAACAGUGUUAAGGCACUGAAGGAGCAGAUGCUGAUUGUCAUGAAUCAGACAGAAUCCAUGUUAGACAAGGUGCUACCCGUGGUUACUGAGAUUGUUGAUGAGCUCAACAGGAGGGAGGAAGGAGAAAGACAGAGAGCUCUCGCUGAAUUGCAAGACAAGGAGUGCCCUAAUGAUGGAAACUCUGAGACCACACCACCUCAGAAAGAAGAAACACAAACUAGGGAACUUGAGCAAGCUGUGACGAAGGAACUCGUCCUUGAAAGCUGAACUGCCCUCCAGUCUGCUCUUCCUAGGUCCAGUGCUAUCUUGGAAUGUGCCUCUCCUUAUCUUUACAACUGUUUGAAAUGUGUUUGCAGAGUAUGUGACAAGAUAUAUAUAUUUCAUGCGCCAACCAAAUAUUUCUGCAUGCUCAGUUUUACGUCCUGCACUGCAUUUAUGUCCACGUUGCAGUGUAUACCUCAUUAACCGUGUUUUUAAUGUAUACAAGACUAUUUACGAUGUUGUGCACCGUUGCAGGCAUUAAAAAGUGUGUGGUUUCA